AUGGCAUUUAUUGAGGAUGCAAAUGGACAAGAACUUGUGAGCAAGAAAAUUACCAAUGUUCUGCAGACCAUGCAGAGUAUUUGGCAUGAGUUCUGUACUCACAGACUCAUUGAUGCCCAGACUACCUGGACAUUGAUGUCACUGCAAGUCAAGAAGGCAUUCUGUGGUGAGCUUGUUCAGGCAUUUCCAGAGCUAAACUUUUGUGAAGACUUGUGGAAGAGUGACCUCCUUGCUAAGAAGCAUUACUUGUCUUUCAAACAAACCUGGUUCAUGAAUAGGACAGAUGAAAAAACCAACAGUGCUACCAAGCACAAGACAAAGAGCAAGGUAGUCAAAGAUGCAGACUCACUGACUGGAGUUGGGAACAUUAAGCACACAAAGAUUGGUGUAUUCAUGGCCCCAGACAACAGCAAUGAUGAUGGCCUGCAAGCUGACAGUGCUGACAUGUCAAGUAGUUCAGUUGAUUUGGCUUCUAGCAACUCCAUUGGGCUGAGCAUAUCCAACAUGAACAAUGCUCCUGGGGUGUUGAUAUUGUUCUCAGAGUCUCUCUCUGCAUCUAGCCCAUUACUUUUGCAAAAUGAUCAAGACUGUGAUGCUCAUAUGCGACCUGACUGUGCUUGCACACCAGGCAUGCCUGUCAUCCCAGUUGUUCCAACACUGAACACAGUUGAGCAGGAGGACAACACUGGUAUAAGCAUGGCUGCACAGCUGAUUAAGAACCCCCUAUCCUCUUUGCAUCCACCUCCUGUUGUCAGAGAUUUGCCAGAGCCAACCAUGACCAUAUCCAAGUCUGUGCAACUAAAUGAAAACUCAAACUUGUCCAAUGAGUGCAUGAGCACUAUCAACAAAGGGGAGUCUCAAGUCAAAGCCCCAAGUACAAGUAAGCGAUGCCAACUGACCAAUAUCUGUCCUGACAUGGAGAGUAGGUGUAAUGUCGAGCAUAUCAUAACCAUCAGUGCAGCAAAUGGCCCCACAACCCACAGAUGGAAUGAAUUUCCUCAUGGUCUGCCCACUGACAAAGCUCUGCACAAUUGGUAUGCUGCUAACUUUGGAAAGAUUGUACCCCCAGAGUUCCCCCUUGGUGGGAACAGUAAGGGCAAGGAUGCCAAACAGGAAGCAGACAAAUACUGGGGUUAUUGCUCUCCUAAUGGAGGAAGGGAGUUUAAUGUUGGGAGACCAGGAGAGUUUGAUGGAAGCCACAAAGGGCUUCAGACUUGGCUUACUCAAGUGGAAGGUUAUCUUAACCUGAACUCUCAUGUUUACAACACAGAUGUGCUCAAGAUCUCAUUUGUGCUAAUGUAUAUGACAAAGGGAGCUGCAGUUUCCUUUGCUGAAAACUAUUGA